AUGGAGGUUGUUACUCCUGUGGAUGGCUCUCCGUCAUGCAGUAACAUCGAAAGUCUUCCUUGGUUGAUCUGCUAUAAUGUGAUGGUGAGGCUCGAUUUGUCUGAUCUCAAUGCAUUAGCACGCGCGUCGCCAAUUCUCUACCGGCAGGUUAAACAAGAUCGCCCUCGCAUUCUCUAUGGAGAGCUGAAGACUAUGCUUGGGAAUACACUUGUGGACGCUUACGCAGUGUAUCAGACAUCGCGGCCGCCAUUUACGACUGUUAUCAGGAAUACUGAAGUUGUUCAGCCAUUCCUUGAACCCUAUGCAAACAAGCUCCAAACAGAGAAGGCGGGGCCGUCUCUAGGAGACCUUAGCGAAGAGGCAAUCAUUGCCAUGUGGACGUUUCAAACAACAAUUGUCGCCCCUAUUGUUGAAGUGUUUGCUCGGUGGACUCUUGGUAACAUUUCGAAUCUUAUUGAAACUCAAGAUUAUGAGGUAUCUUGGCCGCCGGACGGAGAUGGCCCAAAUGUGAGCCACCUAGAAAUCGAACUGAGUGCAACUGAACGCAUGCGCAUCUUGAGAGGAAUGUUCCGUUUCCAGCUGUACUGUCAUCUUUUUGGAGCCCGGUGCCGAGGCAAACCAAGGUUUGGCUAUCCAUACAUAGAGUUAAUCGAUGUGAUCGGACUUGUCCAUGACUUAUUCGAACCGUGGGAAUUUGAAGAGUUUGUGUGUAUCCAAUGGUACGCUCGGAUGAAAUGGGAGCAUAUUUGCACAACAUUUGGCGACGAGAUAAAUGAGACAAGCCCUCUUUUUGAAGAGGUGAGUCCUCCACCUCCGUGGGGAAAACGGCUAAGUGCGAGUGGCGUGGUAGAACAUGUCAUCAGUGGUACUGCCUCUCGAGGCCUGCGACCCUUACAUGCGAUUUUAUUUGUUGGAGGUGAUCACGCACAUCGCAUCAAACUUAUGCACGAAGUAUUGGCAUGGCCAACAGAAGAAUAUAUCGACUUUAGCCGUGUGUCGCCGUAUUGGCAAUUCAGCCAUCGAAAAGCCAACCGCUCGGAGCGCGAUUGGAAGGAAUUUAGGCGCGAACCUCUUCCAUUUAACGGAGAUGGUGAAUCGGACCAAUCCAACCUUCGGCCACCUGCAGCCUGGGUGAUGCUUUGGGAGGGAAAGUACUCAAACUUACGCUUUUUUGACAACGACUUAUUGGUUUGGGGGUACGUGAUGUGGGACAGGGAUCGAAUAGAUUCUACUGGAGCCGAAAAAAUCACCUUUAGUGAACGCCUCGAGUCCCUGCCAUUGGGAAAUUUGGAUUACAGCAGCUCCGAAGAGGAAGAGGAAGAAGACGACUAUAUAGAACCGUAUUAUUACUCUGACGAGUUAGAAGAUGGCGAAAGUGCGAGCUUGGAGACGGAAAGUUAG